AUGACGGAAGGGCGCACUCGUCGUUUACAGAAGCUGCAGCAGCUGUGGGCCCAAGUCGUGAGCCAAGUGGAGGCGGAACGUCGCGUGAGGACUGCAGAUGUGUCUUCUGUUGCAUCAGUGGACCCCAGGAGCAGUAGCAGCAGCACUGGCCCGAACGCCAGAUGUCUACAGCAGCGGCUUUCACAUGGGGAACGGAUUCCUGAUGAGGAGGAAAGACGUUAUUACUGCCCUGAGCUCUGCAACACCGGCAUAUUCCGCCAUCCUGAUGGUUCCAUACGGCCUUAUCCGCCUCCUGUGGCAAAUGACAAGUCUGAGCAGAGAAGACGCUUCGUGGAGAGUCAGCAAAGACGAAUGCGGGAAAGACGCGAUCUGUCGAGAAACUCUGACAUGAGCAGUGAUUCGGAUAGUGAAGAGGAGAACUCUACCAGUGCUGCAGCACCUAGCAGCAGCGGUUGUAGCAGCAAAAGAACACUGGCUACAGAAGCAGCUCCAACUAAAGAGGCAGUGGAAGAUUUCCUGGCUUCUAUUCCGCUUCCAGACGAGCCGCCUCCACCAGCUGCAAUUUCACCUCAGGCCCCAACAACUGCGGAACGGCAACAGACGGCCUCUGCCCCAGUGGCGAUGCCCUUUCUGCCAUUCCCUUUCCCUGUGCCUCCGCCAGUUGGCGCUUAUGGUGCAGGUUCUCAGCCGUCUUCUACAGGCGCACCACAAGGAGGGCCGCAGGGGCCGCCAGGGUUCUUCUCGCCUGGGUUUGUGCCCCCUUUCGUCGCCAUCCCCGCUCCUCCAUCGCAACUGCUUGCCCACAUGCAGCAGAUGCAGCAGCAGCCCGGGCAGCAGCAGCCCGAGCAGCAGCAGCCGCAACAGGUGCAGCAGCCGCAGCAGCGCAUACCGCAGCAGGAUCCGCUCGAGCCACACUACCCUGCUACGGCAGGGCCGCCUAACGUGCAUAAGAGACCACCUGCUCAGCGGACGCCGCUUGUCCCACCGAAAAAGCAACAGACCGUCAGUAGGCCAGCAGAGGCAGCCGACUUGAAGGCAGCAAUGGCCUUCGUUCCAACUCAUCUGAGGACCAAGAAGCUGCCGGCCACGGCGAAAGCACGUGAGGGGCCUUCAAUAUCCCAAGUGUCUGCGUACUCCAUGGGAGCUGCAGCUCUUGGGCGUCAAGUAUGCAGCGCCGGGGCAUCAUCUGACAAGCCAGUGUCUGGCUUGGCAAGGUUCUUAGGAGAAAGCAAAGUGCAGCAAGAAGGAAGCUGUCUUAAGGGUCCACCCAAAGCACCAGCACCUGCGGAUCUCGAUAGGGCGUUUGACGAGUUUCUGAAGGAGGUUGGAGCUUCAUAA